GGCCUAUAUAGUAUAGAAGGCGUUGGCUCAGAGACUUGCUUGCAGUUGCAUUGCUCUUUGUCGUGUUGGUGUUACUUCAGUUGUAAAUGACUACUAGAUCUAGAUUCUAUACGUGACAACUUAAUCUCAACACAGUUGCGAAUGUGAUGUUCCUCUUUUGUAACGAACUUUGUUAAAGACUGAGGACACUCAACAAAAAUACUUUGCCGUUGCCAAACACAGUCCUCUCUUCUUGUCGAAAUUAGUUCCAUUGGUACUCCCAGUUCCAGCAGCUUGACAAGUUGAUUUUGAUUAUCUUCCUGAUCCUGCCGGGCUGUACUAGAAUAUUUCUGGACCUAGAUCUAGAUCUAGAAUCUAUCAACACCUACAAGAAUCUCUACAGUUACUUUACUAGAUCUAAUAGGUUUCUGUCGGGGAAUAGAGGGGAAGAAGUUGCCAACAUCUGAUCGAGUAGCAAUCUUGUGUCACAGUGUCAGGAAAAGAAGAGUCAUGAAUCGCAAACCGAUCGUACAAGUCAACGAUGCUUUUCCUCAGAGAAAACGAAUUGCUCACCAAUCUCGAGACCAGGUAAAAGGAAGCUCUUCCAAGAGUGUGGCGCAAAUUCAUAGUAAGGCCCCGAAGGAACUUGAAGUCUUGAAGCAGUUUGAUUUGACAUUAGAAUUCGGACCAUGCAUCGGCAUAUCCAGGAUGGAAAGAUGGCAAAGAGCACAGAAUUUUGGACUGAACCCUCCGGUAGAGGUUAGAGACAUCAUCAAUCAACAUUCGGACGAUGAAAUUUACACCCAGUGCCUGUGGAAUGACUAUUCCUCUCUGAAGUAAGGAAUGCAGAAUGUUUAAAGGUCUGAGAUCAUCAUCUGCCGUCCCAAAAGAAGUGUGCAAGUGGUCCGUAGAACGAUAAAAUUGGAAAACAGCGUCUUUUUUGACAGUGAUGACAUCCAUUCUUUCACUUUGUUGAUGCAACUGUCAAAUUAUGAUCUUGUUUCAUGAUUUCAGCUCUUUGAAUUGCUGUUUUAACUGUUUAGUGGACAUCGCUGUAUCUGUACUGAAAAUAUGAAGGCUUUUGGAGGCUAUUGUUCUUAACUCUCCACUUGGGCUGGUGUUUGAUUUAAUCAUUUAAUUUCAAUCCCUGUCAGAUAAGAUCCAUUAUUAUAUUAGUGGUGUGGAUGAAACAGAAAAUCUGCAAGGGGUGAACUACGAGCUUAGUUUGUCGGGGUAAUGUUUUACUUUUACUGUUUAACUCAUUAUUUUGUUAUUUAUGAAAAUUAGUUCUUCAUCUGAUUGUGUUUUUAAGUCUCUUUUGUGUCUAUCAUUCCACAAUAUGUUUGCUGAACAGAUUUUCAGUAUAUAUUUGAAUGUUAUCUUCACAGACGUUGCCGUGUUUUUUGCUGUAGACAAUGUCUUUGCAGUUUAUGUAGACCUGGGUGUAUUGGGUAAUGGUAGUUAACAGUUUUGCUGUUGCACACAAAAGAUGUGAGUUUGAUUUCACAGAGAAAUGAUUUCAUUGAAUAUAUCCGUCUGUCUGAUGCGAUGUUGCAUCUCACUCAGCUAAGGAUGCCCUGGAUUGGCAAGGUUGAAGCAGUCUGCCUCAAGCCUGAUAUGAAUUAAGUGGAUUGCGUCAUAGAACAUAUUUACCCUCAAUUUACAAUCUCAAUCAGUACUACUAUUAGCCCUACUAUACUCCCUGCCCAAUUUACUGUUUAAAUGAACAUCUUUUGCUUUUUUUAUAAAGGUGAAGGAAUGCUUGGAACUUCAGUUUAUUGGUUACUUACUUGUCGUAAAUUUGGUAGGCUAUCACUUUGAUUCAAAGCAACAAUUUCUGUUUUUAUUUGAUAACCCGGUGAAAUGCUAAGUUUUAUAGCAUUUUCAGUAAUUUGAGCAACUGAAUUCAUACAUCAUGACCUUUAAUUAUGUUGUGCGAUUGUAAGUUUUGAUAUAUUGAGAUUACACUGAUGUUUGAAACGGUCCCUUUGAAUGACUAGAAGAUUUGAUCAAUUGUGAAAAAUUACAUUUUUGUCAUGACAGUGAUAGCAAACCAUCUUGAGCUUAGCAGUAUUAUGACCUAAUGUGCCCUUCUCUUGUGCCAUUUAAAGGAGUGUUUUUGAAAGAGGUCUAAAUUAGUAUUUUAUGUGGAACAUUCUGUGAUCAACUUGAAGAGAUUACAUUCUUUUCGGCUCUGAAAUGACCUGAGACUCAGACCAUUUUCUUAAUAUAAUCAUCAAUAUUUUGUGAUUGCAGUUAAAAAAAAAAGAAGAUUUUUUAACAGGUUUCCAUGAAUUUAAUUCAAUGUUUCUAAAAAGGUAUAGACCUAUUAGGUUCAAAGAGGAGAUUUUUAAGUAACAGAAACCUGGCCUUUGGCUAUUUUCCAAAAAUCAGUCAGACAGAAUUUUUAAUAAGAAGAGAAGAAAAAAAUAAAAAAAGAAUAAAAUAGGCUACCUGUUAUUUGUUUUUAAAAAUCUGUAAAUAGUGCAUUCUUUGUUUAUUUUUAGUUUCUAGAUUCUGCAAUCUUAAUAUAUAUCAAAUCAAUCUGUUUGGACUUCUCUAUUGACAUUCACCCCUUGGCGCUCAUAUGACCGUAUGCAGUUGCGAGCAUCGUAAGACCUUACUAAAACUAAAGCAUAAUUUAUCCAUCUUUAAUUAAAGAAGUGGUUUCUUACUGUUGGAGCACUCCUCUUCACUUUUUGUUUGCCCUCUUAAGCUUUUGCAUGAUUAAAAUUGCCAUACUCUUAUUUUUUUAUACACUUUGUAUUAGAUUAUAAUACAUACCUGUAAUUAAUGCUGUUAUUAUGUUUGUUUGUACAAAAGCUUUACAGUAAAACGACUGUUUUUAUUUUUAUGCAGAAUGGGAUUUUUAUAUUUUCUCCUUAUGACAGGUUUUGUUGUCAGAACUUAUUUUAUCUGCAAGAUUGCUCAUUGCUCGUCUGUGAAGACAUAGUUUAUUGAUUAUUUUGAAACCAUAAAAUCACUAUACAUGAUAUAUAUGAUAUAUACCUUGUAUUCUGUUCUAAAAUACCUUUGUAUAAUUACUCGAAAUCAUUGCUUACUUUUAGGGAUUUACAAAGUACUACAAGCGUUCUUCCAUUCCUAAGCUAGUGUUGUCUGUAGGAUAAAGUAAGUUUAACUAACUUUGCUUCAUUAGGGAUAGAUUUAAUUUGUCUGGUUUGAUAGACUAGAUCUACGGAGAAUUAUUUUGUAAAGAAAAGUACAGUCUUGCAUACACUUCUCUCAGCAAACAUGUACAUAACGAAACACGCACACAGAGAACAGAUUUCAGGUCAGGAAAUUUUUCACGAAUAAGUCUAUUCUUUGUAUUUCUAUUUACUUACUAAGAGUGAAAUUUGUACAUGAUAACACAUGAUAACGAUUUCCAUUUCCUGCCAAUUUCACGAUAUGUGCAUGCUAGAUUGUAGUCUGCUUCCAAUACCAUGUUUUGUGGGCAAUUUUUUGUUCAUUGUAUUACCUGUGUCAAGAUUUAAAAAUUACAUAAUAUGUAUUUGAUUUGCAACAGUGCAAUAAACAUUCAAGUUUAAAAUUUUUGUUCUUGUAUCAUACUAUUUUGAUAAAAGCAAAUUUAUAUUUGCCUACAAGCUCGAA